AUGCCUAAACGACCAAAAAUUGUCUCCGUAUACAAUGACGUUCAUAAAGAAAACACUCAGCAUGUUGUCCUCCCAAUUGUUACUCGAGACGAGGCAUCUCAUAGAAGAAAAUUAAGAAAAUUAAUCUUGGAUAAUAAGAAAUCAAAUGUGGGAACUACAUCGUCAUCCCUCAAUAUUGAUUCCACUAAUAUUAAUUCCACUUCCACUCCGUGUGUUACAUCUGAUAACAUAGUCAACAAAAUUGGUUUUCACAAUUUUGAAUCCACUCCUGAGGUGACUAAUAAUGUUAAUUCAAGUCUUUCAAGUAUUGUAACAAGUAACAAUAUUUGUAGUACCAGCAAUCGUACAACGACAAAAAACGAUAUUGGGAAUAAUAUUUCAACUGGCAUCACAUCAACCACCUGCACAUCAUCAUUGAACCGUAAUUUGCAAAGGCUAUCAUCUGGCAAACGUAAGUUGGUAUCCAAAGCACGUAUUUCGUCUCCUAUACCAAUGAUCGACUUGACCACAGAUGAAACCGUAGUACGAGAUCCUUAUAAAGGUGUUUCUACAGAUUAUUUAGAUCACGGUGAUCAAGUUAUUACUUGUGAAGUUUGUUAUGCAAAGUUAUGGGACGCAGAGAAAGGAAGCGGAAGAAAAGAGGGUGGCAAAAUAUGUCAUAUGUUAUGUUGUGGUUAUGCCAAAGUUGUGUUACCGGAUUACAAAACCGCGACACCUUAUUAUAAAAGUCUAUUCAUGUCAAAUGACAAUGAAAGCAAGCACUUUUUGAAGAACAUUCGACGAUACAAUUCUAUGUUCGCGUUUACCUCAAUGGGUGGUAAGGUUGACCAAACCGUGAAUACUGGUAAUGCUCCUUUUUGCUACAGAAUUAGUGGUGAAAAUUACCAUUCUAUUGGUAGUCUUGUGCCACCAAACGGAGUGAAGCCUAAAUUUUGUCAGUUAUACAUAUACGAUACUGAAAAUAAGUUGGCAAACAGGACUUCAGACAAUGCUUCCUCAUCAUCCACUUCAGAUGAAACCGAUAAUAAGCUGAUACAACAAAUCAAAGCAAUGUUUGAUGCCGAAAAUGUGCUUGUGAAAAUUUAUAGGAUGGUUAGAGAUUGCUUCCAACAAAAUCCUUAUACCACUUUAAAGCUUCGCCUUAUUGGCAAAAGAGAACAAGAUGGUCGGACUUAUAACUUACCUACUUCCUCAGAGGUUGCUGCUCUUAUUGUUGGAGAUAUCGAUAACGCACUUGAGAAAAGAGAUAUCGUUGUCGAGACACAAACAGGUUCAUUAAAAAGAAUAAGUGAAUUGCAUCCAUCCUAUCUUGCACUUCAGUAUCCUAUUUUGUUCCCAUAUGGAGACGACGGUUACAGAAUUGACAUACCACAUAGGGGUGUCAUUGAUGUUACUAACAAGAAACGUCCGAAUUGUACAAUGAGAGAGUUUUUUGCGUAUCGUGUACAAGAUCGUAGUAACCAGUUUUCAUUGAUUCUAAAUUCUCGACGCUUAUUCCAACAGUUUUUGGUUGAUGCUUAUACGAUGAUUGAGAGCGAGCGACUUAACUUUAUAAGAUUUCAGCAACAAGAUCUCAGGUCUGAUACAUAUGAGAAUAUCCGGAAACUAAGAUAUAACGGCCAACAAGAUUUGUCUAAGGUUGGAAAACGUAUUUUCCUUCCAUCUUCCUUUACAGGCGGGUCACGAUAUAUGAUGCAAAACUAUCUUGACGCAAUGGCAAUUUGUAAAUGGUAUGGUUAUCCAGACUUUUUUAUAACCAUUACCUGCAAUCCCAAAUGGCCGGAGGUUCAAAGGUUUCUUAAGGACACAAAUCUUAAUCCGGAGGAUAGGCCUGAUAUUUUAUCUCGAAUUUUUAAAAUAAAGCUGGAUGCCAUUUGUAAAGAUUUGAAAGACCGUGAUUUGUUUGGAAAAGCUUCUGCUGUUGUUUACACUAAUGAGUUUCAGAAGCGAGGAUUGCCUCAUGCACAUAUGUGCUUAUUCAUGGAGAAUGAUUACAAACUUCCAACUGUAGACCAUGUUGAUCAGUUUAUUUCUGCAGAAAUCCCUGAUUUAAACCAAGACCCGGAACUAUAUACGCUUGUGAAAGACCAUAUGAUUCACGGUCCAUGUGGUAAUGCUAGAAUGAGCUCUCCAUGUAUGGUUGAUAGAAAAUGUUCAAAAGGUUUUCCCAAGAAAUUUCAAGAUCACUCAACCUUGGAUUCUAACGGAUUUCCCUUAUACAGAAGAAGAGAUGACGGUUCCUUCGUUUUAAAAAAUAAAAUUCAGUUAGACAAUAGAAGUGUUGUACCUUAUAACAAAAAGCUUUUGAAAAGAUAUCAGGCGCAUAUAAACGUUGAAUGGUGCAACCAAGCGGCGUCAAUAAAGUAUUUGUUCAAGUAUAUUAAUAAAGGUCCUGAUAGAGCAACAGUUGCUGUGGUUCCGAGCAACAAUGAAAACGAACAAGCAGAAAAUGAUGAAAUUAAAGAGUAUUAUGACUGUAGGAGUCCUUCUGUUAUGCGUCUUCCUUUCCAUCUUCCUGGACAACAAACAGUUUGUUUCGGUCCUGAUGAAGAUAUUAAUCAAGUGCUAAACAAACCAUCUGUGAACUCAUCAAUGUUUUUAGCUUGGAUGCAACGUAAUCAAGAUCCUAACGACCAUGUUGCACGUACACUAACAUACGUACAGUUUCCGCGUUUUUAUGUUUGGAAGCUUGACAAGCGUAUAUGGGUUCCGAGAAUAAAAGGAAAAACAAUUGGAAGAAUUCAUUCCGUUUCUCCUUCUACCGGUGAAGCGUACUAUUUAAGAAUUCUUCUUAACAAAGUUAAAGGACCAACAUCGUUUGAUGAUAUUAAAACAGUUAAUGGUCGAGUGUACGAUACUUUUAGAGAUGCUUGCUAUGCGCUUGGUUUGUUGGAUGACGACUCUGAGUAUAUUGAGGCCAUCAAAGAAGCAAAUAUAUCAGGUAGUGCAGGUUAUAUUCGCAAUUUAUUCGCCACCAUGUUACUGUCAAGCACAUUAUCUAGACCUGAAGUUGUCUGGGAAAGCACAUGGAAGUAUAUGACAGAUGAUUUUCUGUACAGAUUCUCAAAGUAUCAUCGUGUUUCAGGUUUAUCAAUUCCUGAUGAGCAACUAAAGAACUACGUUUUAUGCGAAAUAGAGAAGUUUUUAACUCGGAAUAAUUCAUCGCUUCGGAGAUUUUUAUCAAUGCCUUACCCGGAUACUUCAUCUUUAGAUAACUUUCGCUGCCGAUUGAUUAACGAAGAGCUUGCUUAUGACAGAACAGAGUUACAAAAUGUUUAUCAAGGUCAGGUGAAUUUGUUAACGGAUGAACAACGUGCAGUAUAUGAAGAAAUUAUGAACGCAGUUCAUGGAGACAAUGGAGGAGUAUUUUUUGUUUACGGUUAUGGCGGGACCGGUAAAACGUUUUUAUGGAAAACAUUAUCUGCUGCAAUUAGGUCAAAAGGUCAGAUUGUAUUAAACGUUGCAUCUAGCGGAAUUGCAUCAUUGCUGUUGGAGGGAGGAAGAACGGCUCAUUCUAGGUUUCAUAUACCUUUGAAUCUUAAUGAGGAUUCCGUUUGUCAUAUAAAACCAGACGAUGAUGUAGCUAAAUUACUACAGCAGACCAAACUCAUUAUAUGGGAUGAAGCUCCUAUGGUUCAUAAACAUGCAUUUGAGGCUUUGGAUAGAACUAUGCAUGACAUUUUCAAUAUAUCUAAUCCAUCCAGGUCUGAUGUUUUAUUUGGAGGGAAGGUGAUUGUAUUUGGUGGUGAUUUUAGGCAAAUACUACCUGUUGUUCCAAACGGUGGACGUCAAGAAAUUGUGAAUGCCUCAUUAUGUUCUUCUUAUCUGUGGAGUAAGUGUAAGUUGUUGACGUUAUCUAGAAACAUGAGGUUAACUGUUGGAAGACCAUCAUCUGAAGUUGAAGAGAUUAGUAAUUUUGCAAAAUGGUUGUUGGACGUUGGCGAGGGAAAUGUUGGUGGUUCCAAUGAUGGAGAAGCAAUAACUGAAAUACCACCUGAGCUUUUAAUUGAUAGCAUAUCUGAUCCAAUUUCUAGCCUGAUUGAUUUUGUUUAUCCGUCAAUCUUGGAUAAUUACAAUGAUCCUAAUUACUUUAGUACAAGAGCUAUACUUGCGCCUAAGAAUGAGGUUGUUCACGAGAUUAACGACAGAUUGUUGGCAGUUUUCCCUGGUGAAGAAAAAGAGUAUCUUAGUUCUGACAGUCUAUGCCCUACUGAAGAUGGCAAUGUUGAUCAGCAAAAUAUAUAUUCUCCUGACGUGCUCAAUGGUCUCAAAGUGUCUGGUUUACCAAAUCAUAGGUUAGUGCUUAAAGUUGGCGUUCCAGUAAUGUUGUUGCGAAAUAUUGACCAACGAAAUGGUUUGUGUAACGGUACAAGGUUAAAGGUCACAAAACUUUACAGCCGUGUUAUUGAAGCUGAGAUAAUUUCUGGUGGUAAUAUUGGUUCUCGGACAUUCAUACCUAGAAUCAAUUUGGUACCUUCGGACCGAAAGAUUCCUUUUGCAUUUCAAAGGAGGCAAUUUCCAAUAACUGUAUGUUUUGCAAUGACGAUUAACAAAAGCCAGGGACAGUCGCUAUCUAAGGUUGGGUUGUACCUAAGACAACCAGUUUUCACACAUGGUCAAUUGUACGUAGCUUUAUCCAGGGUUACAAGACGAGAUGGAAUCAAGUUACUAAUACUUGACAAUGAUGGCAGGCCUACAAAUAAAACAACCAAUGUCGUAUAUAAAGAGAUAUUCAAUGGAUUGUGA